AUGACGUCAACGGACCAGCCAACACUGAAAAAUCAUGAAGAAACAAAAACCAGUACGGGCCAACCGGCGCGACGUGGCCGGGGCGCUGCUUUAUCCAGCUCUCGUUAUGGAUAUCGGCGUUUUCGAAAUUUCCAAAAUUCCGCCAGAGGACAGCCCCGUGGUUCAAGAAAUGUGCCCAGUGAAGAAACUGCCAUGCGAGAUGUUGUUAGUCGGCCUGAAACGCUCGCAACUGUUCCGGAUUCCGGUGAGCUUUUUGCCAGUCUUCGAUUUUCUGCACUUGCUAUUUGA